ACGUUGGUUGAAGCGGAAAUGACCUGAGGCUAAGCAUUAGACAGCACCAAAAUAUUGAAAUCCUUUCGUUUUCAAAUCGUACAGUAACCGUGCAAUAUAAGAACACAUAUCAGAUAUUCAGUUACACAGAUUACCGAUUUCGUUAACGAUUGGGUACUUAAAUUGCGUCGAUCAAGAUGGAGCAGGACACCAGCCCAGAGUCUGUGACCUCACCUCCUCCAGGUGCUGCCGCUAAGUCAAAGUUGGACACGUUGUCCAAAGAUGACCUCAUCAAGUUUGCCAAGAAGCAGAUGGCUGCCAUACAGAAGAUGAAGUCCAAAUGUGCAGUUUUGGAAAAGGAGGUUGAUACUCUCAAGUCUCAGCCAAAAGGCAAUUCAGGUGACUCCAUCAUACAGGAACUGACCGAGAGGAUGAGUGCCUUGUUGCUGGAAAAGGCUGAGACCCAGCAGAGUGCGGUGUUGCUGCGGAAGGAGAAUGAGAAGGUCAAGCACCGGGAACAGGAUGCAGUAGGGAAACUGGCCACCCUGCUGGGAGAGUUGGACCAGGCCAAGGAAGACCACCAGAAGAAAAUUGCAGCCUUGGAGAAGAGCUUAGACUCAUCCCAAGCCAAACACAAAGAAGAAGUUGAAUUCUUCCAGACGCUUCUGAGGAAGAAAGAAGAGAAUGACAGAGAGAAAGAGAGCGAAAGAGAGAAAGAAAAGCAGAGAGAAAGGGAACACACAAACCAGAGUGUAGAAGCCGUUAGCUGCAGCCUGGAGUCACAGAUCCUGAGUCUGCAGACAGAGCUAGCUGCAGCCUUGGAGCGAAGCGCCCAGGUGGCUUCAGCGCUGCAAGAAGACCACCAGAGGGCGCUGACAGAGGCCCAGCAGGAAGUAGAGAACCUGAGAGAGGAGUUGGCUCAGCAUAGUGUGCAACAUGAAGAGGAGCUGAGAGCUCUGGAAGAGGACUUUGAGAUGGAGAAAGAGAGACUGCUACUCCUCCAAGAGGAGCUCAGUGAGCAGCUGGCUCUCAAAGACAGCUUCCUGCAGGAUGUGCAGGAAGAUGAGGAGGAGCCUAGCGGCCGCAGCUCAGGAAUUGCCAGGAUGUUGGAGCUGUCUGGUUUAAGUCUGAUUGAUGCCAGUGAUGGAGAGACAGAGAGCGGACAGCUACGAUCUGCCCUGGAGGACCAGCAAUCCCAGAAUACCAUGCUGCAAGACGAGCUGACCUUCCUGGGGAAUGUGAAGACUGAACUGGAGGCGGAGCUUGAGAGGGUGAGGGAGGAGUUUCAUACAGAGAAGGAGGAACUACAGUUUAAAAUCGAAGAGUUGCUGAUGACCCGGGAGGUUGCGACCCCUAACCAUGAUCUUCUGAGCCUGGAAACCCCUAACCGUGACCUUCAGGAGGCUCAAGCUUUCACUCAGCUCCAGCAGAGAGGCCCACAGAGAGAUUCAGUGGACGGCCUACCUGCCAGUCCUGCUAGCCCCUCCAGCCCCAGACAGAGCCUGUCCUGCCAUGUCCCUGGUGCAGCCCACCAGAGCCUGAUCCUACAGCAGGGUCAGGCUCAGGAACUGAGGUCCCAGUGUGAGUCCCUAGACAGGAGCCAGGCGGUGGCUGAGUACGAACACACCAGAGACAUCCUGAGAGGCCUGGAGACUGAGCUAGGUCAGGGGACCGGGGACUUCACCAGACAGUAUGAAGCUAUGAAGGAACAGGCGGCUUCUGCAGUCCAGGAGCUACAGGAGAGCGUCAGAAGGCUUACUGAGGAGCGAGAUGGUCUGGUGGAGAGGGUGAAAGGGUUCGAUGAAGACAGAGACAGCCUGUUGGAAAAGGUCCAGGGCCAGGAGAAGAGGCUGGAGAGCUUCCUAAAGCAGACACAGGCAGCCGAGGGGCUGAAGGAGCAGCUGCAGACGUCUAUGGAGGAGAAGACUGCGUUAGCCCUCAAGCUAAAGGACUCAGUAGAGGCGCAGACAGUGUUAGCCUCUGAGCUAAAGGCAUCUCUUGAGGUGCAGACAGUGUUAGCUGUAGAGCUAAGUGCUUCAGUGGAGGAUCUGAGCAAGCAGAACGGGGAGAUCCUCUCUCAGCUACAGAUGAAGGAGAGUGCUGUUCAGGAGUUAGAGGAAACAGUCAAUGUGGUGAGCACAGAGAGAGACAGAACACUGUCAGCACUGCAGGACAGAGAGAUGGAGGUGAUGAGGCUGUGGGAGGAAAGAGAGAGGGAGGUGGAGGAGAGUCAAGGCCAGAGAGAGGAGGUGGCUGAGCUACAGGCUCGUAUAGAGGAGUUAGAGAAGGAGAGGAGCCUGCUGAAGAGUAAUCUAGAGGUGGUGCAGAGGGAGAGUUCUAAGAAUGUGCAGGGGAGCCCAGGGGAGGAGGUGGAGGAGCUGCAGGCUCGUAUAGAGGAGUUAGAGAAGGAGAGGAGCCUGCUGAAGAGUAAUCUAGAGGUGGUGCAGAGGGAGAGUUCUAAGAAUGUGCAGGGGAGCCCAGGGGAGGAGGUGGAGGAGCUGCAGGCUCGUAUAGAGGAGCUGGAGAAGGAGAGGAGCCUGCUGAAGAGUAAUCUAGAGGUGGUGCAGAGGGAGAGUUCUAAGAAUGUGCAGGGGAGCCCAGGGGAGGAGGUGGAGGAGCUGCAGGCUCGUAUAGAGGAGCUGGAGAAGGAGAGGAGCCUGCUGAAGAGUAAUCUGGGGGAGGUGGUGGGAGAUACUGAAGCUCUACAGAAAGACCUAAGGGAGAUGAAACUGGCCAAUGAGAAGAUGAGAACAGAGAACCAAGAACUACUGACACAGGUCAGCCAGGCUACAGAGACACUGGCAGACAGAGAGAGGGAGGAAAAGGAGGGAAGAGAGGAGGAGGAAGAACAGGCGGAGAAGGAGAGGAGAGGGCUACAACAGCAGCUAACAGAGAAGGACACAGUGAUAUCUCAGCUGAGAAGUGAGAUGGCUGGCUUACUGUCUUCAGCCCCGUCUCCUGUCUCAGAGGAGAACACAGCCAAUGAGUUCACUGAGAAAAUCGCCCUGCUGGAGAAGGAAAGCAAAGAGAAGGAUGAGAGGAUGAAUAAGAUCAAGGCGGUGGCUGUGAAAGCCAGGAAGGAGCUGGACACCAGCAGGAAAGAGGCUGUGUCGCUGAAGGAGGAAGUGGAGGGGUUGAAGGCUGAGAGAGAGCGAGUGACCAGCUCAAUGAAAGACAUCAUCCAUGGAGCAGAGGGAUACAAGAACUUGCAGCUGGACUACGACAGGCAGACAGAGCAGCUGGAUAAGGAGAGAGAGACGGUGGAGGGAGCUGAGAAACAGAUCUCCGAGCUGACCAAACGACUAAACAACGCAGUACAACAGCAUGAACAGUUGUGGUCGGAGAGAGAGGACCUGAUGACCGAAUUGGAGACUCUGAGGAAUACGGUGAGACAGAUUGAAGGACAGACAGCAGAACUACACAGACAGACAGACACCCUGAACAGAGACCUGCAGGCUGAGCGACUACUGAAGGAACAGAAGACAAAGGAGCUGUCGUCGUUGCAGAAGGAGGUGGAGGAGUUGACAGUUCAGCUCCGCAGACAGAAGCAGCAGUCUCAGCAGACAACACAGGAGCUGGAGCAGCUACGCAAGGAGGCCCAACAGAGCUCGUUGUUGGACAUGGAGAUGGCAGACUAUGAACGCCUGGUCAAAGAACUCAACACCAAACUGUCAGAGAAGGACGUGUGUGUGGAGGAGCUGAAAACACAGAUACACACACACACACAGAAAGAAGACACACUCAACCAGGAGAUCGAGGUUCUGAAGUCCCAGCUGGACCAAGGGGAGGAUAAGAGCUCCAAGAUGAAACAGCUGCUGGUGAAAACCAAGAAAGACCUGGCUGAUGCCAAGAGACAGGAAGCCAUUCAGAUGAUGACGCUGGCCUCUCUGAAGGGAGAGCUGGAGGCACAUCAACAGCAACUAGAGAACAACAAGAUCCAGUGCUGUGACCUGACUGCGGAGCGCCACAGACUGCAGGAGCAGCUGAGGACUCUGACUGAACAACAGCAGAGAACAAGCAGCUCCCUACAACAGAGACUGACCACACUACAACAGGAGGCUAACACUGCCAAGGCUGAGCUGUCAUCUGUCACUGCUGAGUUUGACAGCUAUAAGGUCAGAGUUCACAACGUCCUCAAACAACAGAAGAACAAAACCUCAGCACAGAGCGAUGGAGACGCCACUAAACAGGAGAGAGAGCAGAUGGAGUCCUUGGUGGACCAGUAUAAAGCCAAGCUGCAGGACAGUCAGCAGAGUCUGGCGGUGAGCACUGCAGAACUACAACAGCUCCAGAUGGAACAUGACACACUGCUGGAACGACACAACAAGAUACUGCAGGAGACUGUUGCUAAAGAGGCCGAGCUCAGAGAGAGAUUCAUGUCUCUCCAGGCUGAGAUUAUGUCACUGCGAACAGAGCAUGCUCAGACGGUGGGUCAGCUGACCUCGCAGGCCGUGGCCCAGCGCUCAGGGUUCAGGGAGCAGAUCCGCCACCUUCAGGAUGAACACAGAACUACAGUAGAGACCCUGCAGAACCAGAUGACCCGGCUGGAGAACCAACUGUUUACACUGCAGAAACAGACCAGUCCAGCUCCAGUCCAGACCAGUCGUAAGUCAGCGGUGGACCGCCGGCCCGUGGACCAGGGGGGAACGGGGGGGCUGGGCCUCGGUGAUCUCCAGUCCAUGGCUAGAGAGGAGGGGGAGGGCAUGGAGACCUCCGAGACAGAGUCCCUGUCAUCCACAUACCUACCCUCACUGGAGCAACUACUCACCUCCCCAGACCCCAAACAGGAGCCGUUUGUGUGGCAGGUGGAGCCGACUAAAGAGGAGUUGAAUCAGAAGUUGACCACAGCUACACGCAGUAUGGAACACAUGAACAGUCUACUGCAUGAGACCGAAGCUACUAACGCUGUUCUGAUGGAACAGGUCAAUCUGUUGAAGUCUGAAGUGCGUCGUCUGGAGCGUAACCAUGAGCGAGAGAAGAGUGUAGCCAACCUGGAGUAUCUGAAGAAUGUCCUUUUACAGUUCAUCUUCCUGCAGUCAGGCAGCGAGAGACAGGCUCUACUCCCUGUCAUACACACCAUGUUACAACUCAGCCCUGAGGAGAAGAAUAAACUGGCUGCUAUCGCAAUGGGUGAGGAGGAGGUGGGAGGAGCUAGAGGCUCAGGAUGGACCUCCUACCUACACAGUUGGUCAGGCAUCAGAUGAACACACACACAUCAACCAAUGUCCUCUUUCUACCUGCCUUCACUUUCAUCUGGUCCAUAUGUAUGAUCAACUGAGUAAUUAAAAAGUCUUAAUAUAUUGAUGAUCAUCCAUCUACUUGAAAAAAAGCCAGUAGUCAGCAAUGCCAGUACUGUUUUUUAAAUGUUUUUUAUUAUUAUUAUUUUUUUUAGCUGAUGGUACAUUACUGAACCAUUUAUGGUGGGUUAAUUCACCAAUACCUCAGUCAUUACUGGGAUUAUUUUUAUGAGAUAGAUUUUGUUGCUUGUAACAAUCAAUUCCAAGCAACACUUAUGUUUUACAAUAAUUCAUGAAGUGAACUAUGACUGUUGUUACAGAUUUGAACAUCUGUUUUCAUUGCUCACUCAUCAUAGGUCUGAUACAGGGCAGCAGGUAGCCUAGCAGUUAAAAGGCGCAGUAUGGUCAAUCCGACAUCUACAUUUGCCCUUCAGCAUUUAUGGUGAUAUGGCCUCUGCAGAAGUCAGGUAUUCAUACUCCUUGCGCUUCGCAGAACUGUUGUGAAGGAAGUUGUCAAUGAAGUGAGUUUGUGUUUAUACAGGACCGUCAACUAAUUAUGUCAAUGCGGAGCUAUACUGAGCCCUCCACAUUGUUAAUACAUUUGGAAGGCGCACGGAAAUGUGGUACGGAGCUCAGUUUGGCCUUUUCAUGCCUCCGGAGGCUCCGCAAUUGCGUCACACCCUACAUACGGAGCCUUUGGAUCAACCACAAAUUUGCUUUAAGAGUGUUGUGCCAGUAACCAAAAGGUUGGUGGUUCGAAUCCCCGAGCCGACUAGGUGAAAAAUAUGUUGAUGUGCCCUUGAGCAAGGCACUUAAUUCGAAUUGCUCCUGUAAGUCGGUCUGGAUAUGAGUGUCUGCUAAAUGAUAAAAACAUAUGUGAUGAAUUGACAAUAUUCACAUGUUCAAAUUCACACCUAUUUAAUUUAUUUUGAUGUAUCAAUAUUACAUACCAAAGGAUGCUCUGGUAAUAUAUAGGUACAUAAUCUGUAAUUGGGAACAACUUAAUAUUGAGCUGCACCAUUUUUUGCCCUUAGAACAGCCUCAAUGCGUAGGGGCAUGGACUCUACAAGAGAUGCUGGUCCAUUUUGACUCCAAUGCUUCACACAGUUGUGUCAAAUUGGCUGGAUGUCCUUUGGGUAAUGGACCAUUCUUGAUACACACGGCAAACUUGAGCGUGAAAAAUAACAGUAGCGUUGCAGUUCUUGACUCAAACCGGUGCGCCUGGCACCUACUACAAUAACCCGUUCAAAAGCUCUUAAAUCUUGUGUCUUGCCCAUUCACCCUCUAAAUGGCACACAUACACAAUCCAUGUCUCAAGGCUUAAAAAUCCUUCUUUAACAUGUCUCCUCCCCUUCAUCUACACUGAUUGAAGUGGAUUUAACAAGUGACAUCAAUGAGAUCAUAGCUUUCACCUGGUCAGUCUGUCAUGGAAAGAGCAGGUUUUCCCAAUAUUUUGUACUCUGUGUAUAUAGUAAUUACUAUGUAUUUACUGUGUAAUUACCAUGUUUUUACAAUGUGGGUCUGCGUCUUUUCCAACUUAACCAAACAUGCAGAAAUGGUUCUGGAUAUCAGUGGUUGGGUUAAAUACCAGUCUCUGCUUUGCUCUGUAGUCAUAUGGGAGUGCUUUAUAUCUGAAAUUGCAUCCUAUUUCCCAUAUAUUGGGAAUAAGGGGGCAAACAUGAACUGGCACAUCUCUUACCCAGGGUGACAUGCUAGUAUCAUUCCUAAGGCAGCUGCUUCUGCUUCUUAUUAACGAACGAGGGAGGAUUGGGGGGACCAGUAAUACAUGGGAAUAACUGAAUGUACUUUUAAUUAAUCAUUAGGGAAAGUAUUGUGUUAAUGAUGAACAUUUUAUUUUAAGAGAUUUAUUAGGCUAUAGCCUAAGAUUAAACAUGGUUACUGAUUUUUGUAGUACACUGGUGAGAGUUUCCAGUCCUCACAGUUUGGUUGAAGUUGAUGUCUUGUAGUAUUCUGGGUAAGAAGUGUUUUACAAAAGAACAAAUAAGUCCAAAUAUAAGCUUACGUUUUAGACCUACCAUUUUAUGAAGAGGAGACCUGCAAUAAGGAGCCUAACCACAAUCCUUAUUAUUUAACUGAAUACACGCGUCAUUUGAAAUAAAUAUUUACUGUGUUAAAGGUUUUAGUUGAUUAAAUAAAGUGAUCUGGAGUGAAAAUGUC